GGAACCUCCCAAAACUGCAUCGUGCUGUCAAGCGAUUCACACUCUUCAUUGCGUCGGCUCCAUUUGCCAUAUCAUACACGCCACUUGCAUAAAACGCGUUGUAUACUUUGAUUAGGAUCACGCGCUUUGGUCGUCAACCUUUCCGAAUUCUUUGUUCUCUCUCUUUUUUUUUGGCCUUCCCCUUUACUGCUGACCGACUCGUGAAUCCAAAAAGCUAUAUUGCAUUGACUCUUCUUUAAAGGCCAACAAACUUGUACAUCUCCUCAAAUACCAAGAAGUGGACUACAUUAUGGAUCCAAAUUUCUUUUUACAGAACGCUCUUGCUAAUCAGCAAGCUGGUGCUCAAGUAAAGCGGCAACAGAUGCAAAAUCCUCGAAUGAUGAUGCCCUAUGGCCAACAACAACAACAGCACGCCUCCCCUGGAAUGGCCAACGCCGCCAUGGCGUAUAGCUCUCCAUAUAACCCGGCUGCUUCCCCCAUGAAUAGUUAUGCUACGAGCAUGCCUCAAGCCAACAACCCCGUUUUCUCUGCUGCAGCAUUCAGCUCGGUCGAUCCGCAAUUGAUGGCUGGCAUGAAUCCCGUAUUCAAUCAGAACUUGCAGAGUAUGAUGAGUCCCGAUGGUAAUAUGAUGGCCAAUACACCAUAUAAUCAAGCUCCUCAACAAUCCCAAUCGCCCUUCUCACAACCUGCGUACUUGGCUGGGGCAAACGGUAACGGUAUGAAUCAGCCAUCCAUGACUGCCAAUCCCAUGGCUGGUCGUUAUCAGCAAUAUGCCAAUACACCUGCUCAGAUCCAAGCGCAAAUGCAGCAAUUACAGCAGAACGCUGGGAAAUUCAAGAAUGGACAGCAAAUGGGGAUGGCGGCGGCGGCUACAAGCCCGUUCAUGAUGCAGCAACAGGCAGCAAAUAUGAUGAAUGCUCAGCAACAAGUCAUGAGCAACAAUGCCAACUCGAGUGCUAACAGCUCUCCUGCUAAAACCUUUGCCAUGGCCAACCAAUCGAACUCUGCCAAUGCCUCUCCUCAAAUGCAUCGUAACGCAGCUCAAGGAUCCCAACGAUUUAGCCCUUACAGUAAGGGCAAUUUUCCUGGUCCUAACGUGCAUGCUGGUCUAUCACCACAGCAAAUACAAGCUAUUCAACAGCAGCAUUUCCAACGUCAGCAAGCAUUACAGCAGAGUCAACAACAACAGUCGCAAAUGGUCGGAGGUGCUGGCACGCCACAGCAACUAUCGGCAGGUGUUGGUCAAUCCCAGAUGAAUCAGCCUACGAGAAUGCAGCAGCCGGAUUAUGCACAGAUGGCGCAAGUUAAUAUGAAGGCGAGUGAGGAUAAGCCAUCACCAGAAAAACUAUGGAGUGAACAUCUUCAAUCUCAAAAACCCAUACCCAUGGCUUUACCACCCUCUAUUGCCCAACAAGCUCGAGCACGAACUGCAUCACAGUCAUCCCAAGAUAACAGCCAGGUGGUAACGCCUAGUGCUACACCGUCGAUGCCAGCUGCAGAAUCACAUUUGUCUACUAACAGUAGUACGCCACAGCAAUUACACGAGUCUCCUCAAGCGAUUGAUACACGCGUAGCCACUCAAGGGUCACCAGGAGUCAAAGCGAAUGAAAAUGAAGCAACAACACAGUCACCUGCUUCAGCGGGGCACGAUAAGAACGUCACUUACAUCCCCAAGACCAGAAAUGUGGAUACUUAUGGAGGUGUAGAUUUAAAGUACUUUGACCGAUAUGAAAUCCGGCCAAUGUUACCAACUAUAGGCGAACUAGGCAUCGUAGACAUUCAUGCUAUCACUAUGUCUCUCAAAUCCGAGAUGAAAUUGGAAGUCAGUAACGCACUCAAUAUUUUGACAGUUUUGACUUCCAACCGAAGUGUAGUGCUUUCCAUGCGGCAUUGCGACGAUCUGCUAGACGUCUUGUUAGACUACUUAGAACAGGAUCUUAUGGGAGUCAAUUCUCGUUAUGAUACACAGCCUAACAAGGAAGACAAGUUGACACUGGUGUCUGAAAAGGAUCGAACCUAUGGUCAAUUGUUUGAGAUGUCUCUGGACGAAAUGAAAAGCUUAAUACCAUCACUAGAGAAAACGACGUCGGAUGUUUGGCUGUCCUACCGAGAACGCUGCCUAUGCAUUAUCAAUAUCCUUCGCAAUCUGUCGUUCAUGCCUGAAAAUCAAGAAUACUUUGGACGACAUAAACGUCUGACGGAUAUAUUAGCAUAUGUACUGGCCAGUGAUAUAUCUAUGGAAGAAAACACGCACCAUGACGAAGAUACCAUGAAGCAAACCAAUGGUAAUGACCACUUAGACUCUGAUCGCCCCGCGUGGUAUGUUGGUGUACGACACAUGGAUACCUUAGACUAUAGGAAAAGUGCUCUUCUUAUCUUUUCCAACAUUGUUGUAUUCCUCAAGCUGGCCUCGGCGUCUUCCGCUCUCAUAUUUAUCAAGUUAACCGACGACUUCCUCAGCAAUGGUCCCGAUACCUACUUUUCCCAAAUUGCCGUGGAGACCUGGGCUAAAGUGUCGGUCAGUUACGACAAUCGUAAUGUUUUUGCAGCAUUGUCACUCACAUCUGCCAUGGAGAACAAGAAUACUGAUGUGGUUCAGCAUGAAGAUGCGUUCACCUACCUCGAAAACAUAUGGGAAGAACUUGGUAGCAUCAUACGAAAGGACUUCUUUACCAGCGAUGGACGGGUCAUAGCCAACAUGAAAGCACAUCAACUUGCCCUUCUGGAAAUGGCAGUGAUGGGAUUGUACAAUAUCAUGGUGAUCGCCAAAGACGAAACACUACGCUCACGUCUACUGGUUCGCGACCGAGGUAUUGGUAUGGUGAUUGUCAAGCUUUGUGUUUCCUUGGCCGAAUAUGGUACUCAGCAUUUCGGUGUUGUCUGUCGGAGAGGUUUGGAGCUUGUACGAGGUUUGAUUACUGGAGGAGAUGGCCUUCGACGAAAAACAGAAGACGAUAGACAAAGGGAUAAUUCGGAAAAUCCAGAAACGUCACCACAAUUAGGCACCGAAGUGACUUCGCGUAUAGCUUCUAAGUUGGAACUCGAUGCCUAUGUUAUAAACCAACUCCUCAUGUACGCUAUGCUUAAUCCUGCCACUGAUCCUGAUACCACUCGAGAAUUGUGGGACAUCCAAUCACUUUUGGAAGAAGAAUCUUGAUGAGGAGGAGGGUCUAUUCCUGACAAAAAAUAACCAUGUCUCUUUCCUUUUUUUUUUUCUUAUUUCUUCUUCCUUGUUUUUCUUCUUUCUAAUAUAUAUACACUUUUGCUAGUUGUUUCAUUGGUUCGUUUUUCAUUUUUUGGGCCUGUGCUUCACUUUUUCAAUCAAUGAAUAAAAAGAUGAAAAAAUGUGCACCAGUU